AAUGCAACAAGCGGCGCGCCUCAUUUGAAGCCGAACCUGUGCACAUAUAAGCGCACGUGCGCGAGGGGGGUCCAAUUUAUCGCAAACACUGCGGCUGCGCCCUGUGUGUUGCGGCGGUGUGCCCAAUAGCAGCCAGGCGCCGCCCCCCCCCGAUCGACAGCAGCUGCGAGCCACACGCCGCAUUGAUGAUGGACAGCAGCCACGAGCUCCCCGGCGCCGCCCCAUUGCUCGACGCCCUCGGAGCAGAGACCGCGGCACCGCUGCUCGCGCUCGCCGCGGCCACGGAACGCGUCGGCGAGGUGAGGCUCCCAGCGACGCUCAGCGCGCAGCAGCGCCACGCCGUCCACGUCUUCUGCGAGGGCGUCGGCCUGCAGUCGACGAGCGCGGGCGCCGGCGACGACCGCCAGGUGAGUUGCCGCGACGUCGCGUUCGACGGCGCCGCGUGGGCCCGGAGCACGCUGCGGGCCCUCGAGGCCGAGCGGGACGCCGAGGCGUCCGAGCUCGACGUCGCGCUCCAGACCCUGACGGCGAACGAGUGCGCGGCGCGCGGCAUCACGGUGCUCGGUUUGCGGGCGGCCGACGUCGACGUGGGCGGCCCCGGCGGCCGCACGCGCCUCCGCCUCGCGCACGCGAACGGCCUCAUGCUCCCGGCGCACCGCCUCGGCGUCCGGUCCGAGGUGACCGUGCGGGGCAAGCACGGCGCGCGCGUCGAGGGCGUCGUCUCGCGCGUGACGCAGGAUAUGAUUGACGUGCUGACCGACGCCGACGACGAGGCCGUGGCCGCGGUGGGCGUCAAGGGGCUGCGCGUCGACGCGCGGCCGAACGCCGCCACGCUCGGGUGCCUCCGGCGCGCGUGCGCGGCCGUCGCCACGCUCACGGCGGAGAACGAGCUCUGCGCGCAGCUGCUGGGCCGCGCGCCGCCCGCAACACGAUUAGGUGACGAGCCGCGCUGGCUCAACGCCGCCCUGGACGCCUCGCAGCGCGACGCUGUCCGAAGGGCGCUCGCGGCGCCGCCGCUCUUGCUAAUCCACGGGCCGCCGGGCACGGGCAAGACGACGACGCUCGUCGAGAUCGUCUGCCAGGCCGCUUCCCUAGGCCAGCGCGUGCUCUGCUGCGGCGCGUCGAACCAGAGCGUGGACAACCUGCUCGAGCGCGUCGCGGACGUCGUCGAGUCGAAAGCCUGGCGCAAGCGGCAGGGGCGGAAAUCUAGACCGGUCCAACUGUUGCGGCUGGGCCACCCCGCGCGCCUGUCUCCAAUCGUAUUGCGCCACGCCGUCGAGCGGCGGUUGCGGGACGCGGACGGCGCCGACGUCGUCGAGGACGCGCGGAACGAGGCGCGGGACCUCGCGCGGCGCGCGGCCACGGACAAGGCGGCGCGGCGCGACGUGCGCGCCGUCAGGGCCGAGGUGCGCCGCCGCGAGGGCGAGCUGUUGACGCGGUUGGUGGGGGCGACGCGCGUCGUCUUCGCGACGAACGCGGGCGCGGCGCGGCGGGAGAUUUGUGAAGAGCGCUUCGAUCUGGUCGUCGUGGACGAGGCGGCCCAGGCCCUGGAGGCGUCGUGCUGGAUCCCUUUACUGAAGGGCGACCGGGCGAUCCUGGCCGGCGACCACAAGCAACUGCCGCCCACCGUGAAGUGCGACGGUAUCGAGGCGGAAUUACUCGGGAGGACGUUGUUCGAGCGGCUGAUGGAGGACAAGCGGCCCGGCUGUAAAGAGAGGCGGAGCGUCCUGCUCACGACGCAGUACCGCAUGCACGGUGAUAUAUGUGAGUGGGCCUCGGCGGCGUCCUACGGCGGGUUGCUGGAGGCGGCGCCGGUCUGCGUGAGGCGCGACCUGUACGAGGACUACCUCGCGAAUGACGAGGAUCGUCUGGCGGUGAUGGUCCACGUGGACACGUGCGGGCUAGGCCUGGACGACGACUCGAGCGGGACGGAGGAGCACGGCGCGCACUCGGUAGGGAACGAAGGCGAGGCGCGCGUCGUCGUGAAGCACGUCGAAUUGCUGCUGAAGCGAGGCAUGGCGCCCGGUCACAUUUGUGUGGUUGCGCCGUACCACGCGCAAGUUACUUUGUUAAGAACCAUGCUCCCGGCCGACGUCGACUGCAAGACCGUGGACGGGUAUCAAGGAGGGGAGCGCGACGCCGUCGUGCUGUCGCUGACGCGGUCGAACCCGCAUCGAGUCGUGGGCUUCCUCGCGGACGAGCGGCGCCUGAACGUGGCCGUGACGCGCGCGCGGCGCCACGUCUGCGUCGUCGGCGACUCGGAUACCGUGCGCGCGUCGCCGUUCAUCGCCGCGCUGCUCGACCACGUCGCGAACGUCGGCGACUACGUCUCGGCGGCGGAGUACCUGCCCGCGGCGGCGACCGUCGUCGCGGCGCCUGUGGCCGCUCCAAUCGAGGCGGCGCCCGAGCCCACGCCUGCAGCGCCGCCGGCUGCGCCCGAGCCGCCCACGCCUGAAGCGGCGGCGCCCGCUGUGGAGGAUGAGGCGCCCGCCGAGAGUCCUCCGGCCACCGCGGCGGCGCCGCUGCCGCCGGCGUCGGGCGAGCUGCGCGUCGCGUUUGCCGGCGCCACGGUCUUCGUGCCCUUCGCGCCGGCCUGGACCGUCGGCGAGCUCAAGGUUGCCAUCGAAGAGGCGACGGGCGUCGAGAUUCCGCGCCAGAAGCUCGUCGGCGCGGGAAAAUUCGUGGACGACUCGAUGGCCCUCGCCGCCGCGGCGCCGCGGCUCGCCAGUGGCGCCAAGCUCAUUCUGAUGGCUAUUCCGCGGCCCGAGGACGCCGUCGCGCCGCCACCGCCGCCAAAAGGCAAGAACGCGCAAAAGAAGGCGCGGCGCAAGGCGCGCGCGGCCGCUGCCGCCGCGCCCGUCGCGGCGCCUGCACCCGCGGCGCCGAAAACGUUCGGGAGCGGGGCCAGCGGCGAAGCGGCCCGGCAGCUGGCGGGUGCGAACGCGCUGCUCCAGAAGCUCGCGCAGGACCGCGCGGCGCGGGCGGCGGCGCGGCCCGCCCCGGCGCCGAAGCUGGCGCCGCGGCCCCCUGCGAAGAAGAAGAAAGCGCCGAAGACGAAGCCUCCACCGGCCGACGACGACCUGGGUCUGGACGACGACGCGCUGCUCGACGCGGCGAUCAAGGCCAACGCCAAAGAGAAAAAACGUGAGCCCGAGUACAAACGCUGGAUAGACGCUGACGGAAACAUCAAGGGGAACACGCUCCACUCGAGACAGGCGGAACGGGACCGGGCGGCGCUCCUCGCCAAGCUUGAGAAAAAGAAGGCAGGGGCCGCUCGCGAGAAGAAAAAGCAGCCCACAAAAAAGUAA